UUGAAUUUAGUAUUGUGCCAGUCGGGGGGGCGGUGACAUAUUUUACCCGUCAUCGUCCUACAUAAUUUUGUGAAUUGAUAAAACGUGAAAUUAAGUGUUUGAAAGUGUCUCUAAACAGUUUAUGUCUGGACUGAACGUGAGGAUGGCGGGGCAAACAAUAAACGACAGGCUCCUAGCCGCUCGUCACAGUAUCGCGGGGCAAGGUUUAGCAAAAUCAGUAUGUAAGGCCACAACGGAAGAAAUGAUUGCACCGAAAAAGAAACAUUUAGAUUAUCUAGUCCACUGCACCAACGAGCCCAACGUGUCGAUCCCCCAGCUGGCCAACCUCCUGGUGGAGAGGACGCAGAACACCAACUGGGUUGUGGUGUACAAGGCCCUCAUCACGGUGCACCACCUGCUCGCGUACGGGAAUGAGAGGUUUACACAGUACCUGGCGUCGAGUAAUUCGACGUUUCAGCUCAGCAAUUUCCACGAUAAAAGCGGAAUGCAAGGCGCCGCUGGAGCGAGGAUCGGUUUCGACAUGUCCCCGUUCAUCCGGCGGUAUGCCCGCUACCUGAACGAGAAGGCGCUCUCCUACAGGACCGUGGCCUUCGACUUCUGCAAGGUCAAGCGAGGCAAGGAGGAGGGUUCUCUCCGCAUGAUGAACGCGGAGAAGUUGCUCAAGACGCUGCCGGUGCUGCAGGCGCAGCUGGACGCGCUGCUGGAGUUCGACUGUACCGCCAACGACCUCACCAACGGCGUCAUCAACAUGUGCUUCAUGCUGCUGUUCCGUGACCUCAUCAGACUUUUCGCGUGCUACAACGAUGGCAUAAUCAACCUCCUGGAGAAAUACUUCGAUAUGAACAAGAAGAACUGCCGCGAAGCACUCGACCUUUACAAGAAAUUCCUCAUACGUAUGGACAGAGUUGGAGAGUUCUUGAAGGUAGCAGAGAACGUGGGUAUAGACAAGGGUGACAUUCCAGACCUGACCAAGGCCCCCAGCAGCUUGCUCGACGCCCUGGAGGGCCACCUCGCCACCCUUGAGGGCAAGAAGGGCUCCGCUGCUAACACACCCACACAAACCGCUAACGCCCAAAAGAACGUGGCGAGCGUGAUGGGCGCCCUAUCGUCCACGUCAUCAUCAUUCGGCAACGCGGCCGCGUCCGCCCGCCUCGACAACGGCCAGCUGUUCAUUGACGACUCGCUCAAGCAGCAGGCACUGGCCGAGGAGGAAGCCGCCAUGAACCAGUAUAAGGUUCAUUUGUACCAGGGGGAAGAGAUAACGGGAGAUGAGGAUGUAACAGCGAUCGCGGAGAAAUUCAAUAAGGUGCAAUCUCCAACGAACGCCGCCAACAAUCCGUUCCUGUCCACCGCCGCCCCGACCAAUCAGAAUCAGUCUAUUGUGGACCUGUUUGGCCCCAGUCCAGUUGAAACUACUAACACAACCAGCAAGGCCUCCGAUGAUCUACUCUCCCUGGGCAACCCGUUCGCCGAUAUGUUUGGAGCGGCGGCGCCUCAGCCCGCGUGGCCGGCCUCCAACGGCGUAGGGUUCCCGGCGCAGGCGCCACCCGCCAACUCGUUCGUGUCGGAGGCUAGCUUCACUAACGUUUUCAGUAGCACUGACACUGCAGCUGCUAACCCCUUCAUGGGGAUGGGAGACCCCCAACCCUUAUCGGCGUCGCAGGCGCCGGCGCGCCCGCCCCAGCCCAAAUCCGCCUUCGACGACCUUGAAGACGUGAUGCGAAUGUCCCUGGGCUCGCCGGCCAAAGCCCAAACUGCCCCCAUAACCCAGCAGCCGCAGCCAAUGGCCCAGCCCUUUGGUGACGUGAUGGGCCAGCCCAUGAUGUUCGGCUCGCCCGCCCGCCAGCCGAUGGCAGCUAUGGGACAACAACCGCAGCAGCCACAGCCGAGUAAAGUGUUGACAGGCGACUUGGACUCCUCUUUGGCGCAGCUUGCCAACAAUCUUACCAUAAACAAGAGCGCAGCUGCUCAAAAACCGAUGCAGUGGAGCUCUCCGAAGAAUGCCUCGAAGCCCGGUGGCGCUUGGAGUCCUCAGCCUAUGCAGGCCACCACCGGCGCUGGUUAUCGGCCUAUGGGCCCAGGCAUGACUCUCCCACCAAUGCCUCACACUUUAGCCCAUACGUAUCAUCCCCCGCAUUUUGUUUUGCAACAACCGCCAAUGGUAAUGGGCAUGAACAUGAACGCGACACCUAUGAUGCCAAUGGGCGCCAUGCAACCCAUGAGGCCGGCCGUACCACCACAGCCCACCAACCAAUUCAGUUAAGCCGUUAUACUCAUAUAUAUGUGGAAUAACACAUUAAAAUGGCGACACAGAUAUUUUUAUAAUCUUGAAAUGUCAAAAAUGUUUAUCUAUGCGCAAUCUAUUGUCUAUGUAUCGAUGUCGUUGAAUUUCAAAUAUUGUUCGGUGUAGCCAGGAUUUACUUAAUAGUCAUCGCUCACAGAUACACUACAGUUCUGUGGUUAGGAGUUUACUCAUUGUAUAUACUGGUUAAGAGAUUGGUUCCAAAGUCUUGCUGAUUGUGAACCAGGUAGGUAGAUGUAUUUUUAUAGAUAAAUUCUCGUGCUUAUGAUAAACUUAUGUUUAAAGCUGGAGCAUGCUGUAGUUUUAAAAUAGAACUGUAUUUUUUUAACUAUCCAAAAUAACAUGUGAAGAGUUGUUAGGGUCAUCUUAAGUAAGAUGAGCGCUCAGUUUUUUUUUGUAUGAAUGUCAUACUCUCGGUUUAACGAGUGCUUCUUCAGGAUCAUAUAUUUUUAAUAAAUAUCCUAUUACUUAAUGAUCUUAUUUAAAUCUUAUGAAAGGUGCGCAGAAUAUUAUGAUAAUUUAAAAUCUAUAUCACAUUCCAUGUAUGUACAAAAAUAUGUUAUCCGCAAUAUCACUUUCCUAUCUCGGGCAUAGUCAGCAUUUAGAUUUGGAAGUGAAAUGAAAUGUAACAAUCCAUAUUAUGUAUUAUGUAUGUUAAACAAAUGUAGUCAUAUUUAGUCGCUACCCCAAAAUACAGCGCUACUUCUAAAAAAAUACUCGUCCGUGAUAUGAAAGGCUUAUAUAUUAUGAACUUUGAUCUCUGUAUCUUUUUUUUUGACAAUUUCCUUAGGUACUAUCAUAUCGCGGACGCUAUACUACAUAUUAUUAUAGGUUACGUAUAUUAGAUUGUUUAAUAUUUAGAUUGUACGGGUGUAAAAAUGUCGCUGUAUGAUAAUUAUCAUUAUUGAUGUCUAGGUGCUUUCCGUGCUAUGUACUAGAUCUUUAAUAGGUCAUAGACAAACUUCUUUAUAUUUCGCCCAGAUGCCAUCUUGUUUAAUGACAACUAACUAAUAAGAAAAUACUAAAUAGCGGCUGUAGUUUUUUUCAGUACCUAGGCCACUAGGAAAAUAUUUGCCGCUCUUAAUAAUAAUAACUUAAAAUAAUUCCACUUAUGAUUUUUAACACCGUAAGCCGAUUUUGAAGGAAAGAUGCGUUGUAAUUAUUUUUUAUCGCUACUUGUGCGUAUACGGAGUUAAGUAGUUGAUUUUAGCAAUAAAUAAUAUUAUGCACAUUUUAUUUUUAUUAAAAAUGCAUGCGAAUAAUACUAUGCCCAAAUGAUUUUUAUUUAUCAAUUGUAUGUUUACUUUGAAGACUGGCUAAAAGUAUUAAAUAAUAGAGUAUUAAAUCAUUUGAACAUGGUAUCGUGUGCUGGUGUUGCCAAUUAAUUUAAUUCGGUGUUACCCUUUCAUAAAAUGUUUUGUCUAUGAAAUAGAAAAUAUUGAAUUUUAAUUUUAAUGUACAUAAUGCAACGAUUGUUAUAAGUGUGUCAUAUAAAUUACGCAGAUUCAGAUAUAAUACGGAAAUAUAAAAUAUAUCUAGGGUAACAUAGCAUGUUAUAGGAUGUCAACAUUCUGUAUACAAUAUGGAUAUUAUUUGCGGUGAACUAUUGCGGCUCAUAAAAUUAUUAAAUCUGUUGUAAGAAUUUUCAGAAAUUAAAUUAAUGGUAUAUAAUAUCAUUUGCUAAGUAUGAGAUCUGUUGAAUUGAUGAUAAAUGUGCAAUAUUUCGGCAUUAGAUUAAGCUUGCCAACCUGUUACCUUCCCGUUUCUCCAUAGCCAUAUUUUAUUUGCUGUGAUUAUAAAAAUGCUUCGUAUCAAAUUCGCUGGAUGAA